GAAAGAUGUAGCCUUCCCAACUCUAGACGACCAUCCAUGAUACUAAAGCGACAACCCGGAUCCUGACACGUCCACACUUAUUCGUAACCAGAAUUGUUCAGACUGUCUUUGGUGUCGGUACAUUUUACUUACGUUUGAACAACUUGUGGUUGAAUUUACGAAGAAGACGAUGCUUUUUGCCAAGCUCUUCCUGCUCAUCGUCCUUGUGGCAGUGGCUGAUUGUCGCCCCCCCAAAAAAGACAAAAAGUGCCCAAAAGACCAGCCUCGGGUGGAGUGCUUUGCUGACCCCUGUGAGGUGACGACCUGCCCCGCUACUCCUGACGCUACAUGCGUAUCCAACUACUGCGGCGGCUGCCAUGCGAACUUCUUCAACAGCGACGGCGAACCAGCUUGUUGUGGAGGCCAGGGACAACCAUGUGACACCGGCCAUCCAAUCGCAUACGAGGACGACUGCACCUGUGAGGGAGGCUUGCUGUGUUACCCCAACGAGGACGACUUCACUACGGGGACGUGCCAGACCCAGGAGUGGGUGGAUGCAAACGGAGGAAUGCCUCCCCUGCCCAUCGGUUAAAACAAUCGAGAAGCAAGAAGUACAAGCCAUCACACACCAAGUGAAACUUAUCGUGAAUUUAAGUAUAAGACUAAUAAGAAUUUGAGUUUUAGUGUCAAUGUAAUCUUUUAAUUCAUUAUAAUAUAUUAAUUGUACAUUUCUGCCUGAUUCUGUCCAUGCAUUUUUAUCCAUUGGCUUC